GGUGGAAGGAGGGGUACAGAACAAGGAGAGUGCUGUGCUGAGGAGAGGAGAGGGCUGGACGUCCCGGCUCAACGGACGGACCAGGCGGACGGAGAUCUGGGGGGAGUCCUAAGGGGGAGACCAACACGGAGGGUCCACUGGAUCAGGAAGAUGCCCUCUCGCUGCAGGAAUGCGCUGAACAUCGUGGUCACCACCCUUUUUGCUGCGGUGGUCCUCUUCACCAUCCUGCUGGCCUAUGUCACAGGCUACCAGUUCAUCCACACUGAGCAGCACCACCUCUCCUUCGGCCUCUAUGGUGCCUUCCUCUCCCUCCAUCUUUUCCUCCAGAGCCUCUUUGCCUUCCUGGAGCAUCGACAGAUGAGGAGCCCCUCCCGGCCCCAGCACCUCCGUCGCUCGGUGGCUCUCUGCAUUGCUGCCUUCCAGGAGGACCCAGACUACUUGAGGAAGUGCCUGCGCAGUGUCCGCCGAAUCUCCUUCCCUGGCCUGAAGGUGGUGCUGGUGGUGGAUGGGAACCGGCCUGAGGACCGCUACAUGGUGGACAUUUUCCAGGAGGUGAUGGGCGGGGCUGACCAGGCUGGCAGUAUGGUGUGGAAGGGAAACUACCACAGUGAUGGGAGUGGUGGAGGAGGAGUCGGAGGUGGAGGGAGGAGCACGGUGCACAUGGAGGAGGCAGCACGAGUGGCUCGGCUGGUCAGAGGCUGCCGCUACUCUUGCAUCAUGCAGGAGUGGGGAGGGAAAAGAGAAGUGAUGUACACUGCCUUUAAAGCACUGGGGGACAGUGUGGAUUAUGUGCAGGUGUGUGACUCAGACACAGUUCUUGACCCAGCAUGUACUAUAGAAAUGCUGAAGAUCCUCGAGGACGAUCCAAUGGUGGGAGGUGUUGGUGGAGACGUACAGAUCCUUAACAAGUAUGACUCAUGGAUCUCCUUCCUGAGCAGCGUACGCUACUGGAUGGCCUUCAACAUCGAGCGGGCCUGCCAGUCCUACUUUGGAUGUGUCCAGUGUAUCAGUGGCCCUCUGGGAAUGUACAGGAACUCUUUGCUUCAGCGCUUCUUGGAGCCCUGGUACCACCAAACCUUCCUAGGCUCCAAGUGCAGCUUUGGCGAUGACCGCCACCUCACCAAUCGGGUGCUCAGCUUCGGCUACAAGACAAAGUUCACAGCGCGAUCGCAGUGCCAGACUGAAACACCAACCCAGUAUCUACGUUGGCUCAACCAGCAGACUCGAUGGAGCAAGUCUUACUUCCGCGAGUGGCUCUACAAUGCCCUGUGGUUCCACAAGCACAGCCUCUGGAUGACCUAUGAGUCAGUGGUCACCGGCUUCUUCCCUUUCUUCUUGGUUGCCACGGUCAUCCAUCUCUUCUAUCGUGGAAGGCUAUGGAACAUCCUUCUCUUCUUAUUGACAGUCCAACUGGUUGGAAUGGUGAAGGCCACCUACGCCUGUUUCCUGCGUGGCAGCCUGGUCAUGAUCUUUAUGUCCCUCUACUCCUUGCUCUACAUGUCCAGCUUGCUCCCUGCCAAAAUAUUUGCCCUGCUCACCAUCAACAAGGCCGGGUGGGGCACUUCAGGCCGCAGGAAGAUUGUGAUCAACUUCAUUGGUGCUGUGCCUGUCACGGUGUGGGCUAUGGUGCUGCUUGGAGGUGUGGCGUAUACAGUCUACUGUGAAACACAGGAGCCAUUUAGUGAGACAGAGAAAGUCUUGUUGAUAGCAGGGACGAUACUCUACGCCUGCUACUGGCUCAUUCUGCUGGUGCUCUACCUGGCAAUUGUAGCCAAACGGUGCAACAAGAGGGAAGAGCAGUAUCACCUGCCAUAUGCAGAGGCAUAAACCUGCUACCAGAGAGACUGGUAGGACAUUCACACCAAAUUUCACUGCAGUAUGACUCCAGCAACGUCUCUGCUCCUGUGAACUGCUCAAAUGAUGAGCUGUGAACCAUGAACACGCUCACAUCUUCAUCAUUGGUGCUAAAAAGGUGUGAAUCUCAAAUCUGAGCAGCAGGAAUCUAGUCCAGUCCAGGGAGACUCAGUGAUGACUGGAUCCACAGAGCUCUCCCAUUCAUAUCAUGCUCAAUGGUGCUUCACAUUGAAAAACCAAACAUAAGGGAACUGAUCCAGUUUAUAAGGUGUUCAUACACUAUAUGUAAUAGUGACAUGCUCAGAAGAACAUUGCGUAGUUUAGCUGUAAAGCUGUGACAAAGGGGUGCAGAGUGUUUUUUUCAUGUCCUCAGUAAAAAAAGUGAUGGAACUACACUUUUAUAAAGUAACAAAUAGAUAAAAUAGCAAAGAAAUUCUUUUUAGUCCAAGCACCUCUAUUUAAGAUAAGAGGAGGCAACCUCAGAUUUAGACAUCGGAGUCUAUCAUUAAGGUGUUCAGACAGAAUGCAAAGCAAAUGUUAGAAGUGGUACAAUUGCCUACAGAGUCAAUUGGAAGAGCUGACUGGGUAUGAAUAGAUGCAAGAUGAAAAUGUGUCAACUUGAGCAUAAAAAUAUGCAUUGAUCUCUGCGCUUUAUGAAUCUACUUUAUAAAAGCAGCGAGACAAGAGGGUAAAGGAGAGAGACUGAUGGGAAAAACUGAAAGAUAUUGGUGAAUUUAGAGAGAUUCGUCAAAGGUGACACAAAAACACACACACACAC